AUGGCCGACUCCACCAAGUCCGUGACGCCCGCCGUGCCCACACCAAACAGACCCGGCAGACCCAUGAGCGAAGCGCUUUUGAACGAGAAGUGGGACCACUGCCUCAGCACACUCCUCGUCCGAAGCACACUCGGUGCAUCCUUGGGCGUCAUCUUCUCCGUCCUCGUCUUCAAGCGAAGAGCAUGGCCCGUCUGGGCAGGACUCGGCUUUGGUGCCGGAAGAGCGUGGGAAGAAUGUGACAGCAGCUUCAAGCGCGCAACCGCGCCUUCCAGAGACGGUCUCCGCGUCCUUCGACCAUGA